AUGUAUUUGUAUUGUAUUUGUAUUGUUUUUGUGUGUUCAUUCACUCACCCUCCCGAUCUGAAACCAGUGCGUCUGGCAGUUCGCCGACCCGUCAAAUUUCAACCUGCCCGUUCGUUUCUCAUCAACUUUGAGAGCCUCGCUACAGCAUACGAGUCGUACACGGCAGGAAUUAUCGCAAAGAUGCGUUCUUCGUUGUUUUUAGCUGGUGUCUACGUACUUGCUGCGACCGUCGCCGGUGCAGAGCCUGAGAAGAGGGAUAAUUUGUCUCUAACCGACUUGCUCCCUUCACCAACCGUUGCUACCACCGCCGCCUCAGUCACCAGUGAGCCGACUUCUAGUGCUACUACUGAAACCUCAGCCGCUCCAACAACAUCCGCAGAGCCUACCUCUACUAGUCUCGGGCCUACAACAUCCGCAUCGUCAUCUUCGUCAUCAUCGUCAACCUCCACCACCUCCUCUUCGUCAUCUACUUCGACGUCGUCUACAUCCAGCAAGACAUCUUCGUCAACCUCUACAACAGAUCCCGCAACCACAGAUCCCGCAACGGCCAAGACUUCAGCGACGUCUGAAUCUACAACCAAGGCUACCGACGCUCCUACUUCUGCUAGCCAAACCGAACAAAUCGUCACCCGAACCACUACCAUUAGCGGCGUUGCAACAACUCAAACUUCCACAUCCUCUGUAUCUUCGACCUCUUCCACUGGCACUUCAUCGCCUUCUCUCAGCUCGGGUUCCUCAAACUCUAGCAGUGGAUUGAGCAAGGGUGCUAAGAACACCAUCAUCGGUGUUGUUGUCGGUGUGGGUGGUGCCAUUCUUCUCGCAGGUGUCGGUUUUGUUGCAUGGAGGGUCUGGGGACGAAACAGACACAACAACGACAACGACGAAGAUGACUUGAUGAGUGCCGGCACUGCUGUUGGUUCCAACCUUCGUGAAAAGGCUCCUAGCCCAUCUUCUGGUGGCACUCAAUUCCGCUCUACUCUCGAUCAAUAUCACAACCCUGGCCCUGUGAACGCUGCGUCUAACUUUUAG